AUGAGUGGUUCUUGCAUUGGAUAUCUUCUGUUCGCCCCUAUGAGGCAAAUAUUCAGUGCCGAUGCGUCAGUUAGAAAAUUGCCAGUGCCUCUGUAUAUGCCUUUUGAUACGAGUGAUAAUUUGGGCUUUUCUCUUGGCAUGACUUGGGAAGCUAUCAGUUUGUUCUACAUAUGCGGAGUAUCGACAAGCAUACAUCAAUCUUUCAGAGGUAUUAUGGGCAGGCUUAGGGGAGAGCUUAAACUUCUUAAUGAUUCGAUAAAAGCAAUACAUAACAGAGCAUCCAAAAAAUUCAAAAUGAAAGUGAACGAUAUUGAAAAUCUAGAGCCAUAUUUCCAGUCUCUUGUCUACAAGUGCCUAAAGGAAGACAUUGUGCACCAUCAAAUGCUCUUAGAGUAA